AUGCGGCAAGGCGUCGACCUCGAGUUCCCCGCCCAUGAUGCGACGGCCGCGCUGCAAGGCCUCAUUCGCCGCAAGCUCGGCGAUGCGUACGUCGACCAGAUUGUCGUGGCACCCAUGACCGCGCCGCCCAACAGCCUCGACAUGGCCAAGGUCGACAUGGACGGCGACCGUGUGCGCAUCUCGGGGACAAGCGCAACGGCCAUGGGCUACGCGCUGCACGCCUACCUCAAGCGCGACGUGCACGUGCAUGCGGACUGGGAUGACCACACGCUGCCGCUGCCGCCGACGCUGCCGCCGGUCUCGCACCUGCUCGUGCUCAAGAAGGCGUCCAAGGUCACGUACUACUUGAACGUGUGUACGUCGAGCUACUCGAUGUGGUCGUGGAGCUGGGCGCAGUGGGAAGCGCACAUCGACUGGAUGGCUCUCUGCGGCAUCAACAUGCCAUUGGCGUUCGCCGGCCAAGAAAAGGUCUGGGCCGAGACCUUGCGGAAGUUUGGCGUCGACGCUUCGGGCUUGGAGGCCUUCUUUGCCGGCGCCGCGUUCCAGGCCUGGGGGCGCAUGGGCAACAUCCAAGGCAGCUGGGGCCCGUACGGCCCACUGCCGCAGCACUUUAUCGACGACCAGCAAACGCUCCAGGUGCGUAUCCUGGACCGCAUGCGAGCCUUCGGUAUGCUCCCGGCGCUCCCUGCCUUUGCGGGCCACGUCCCGGCCGUGCUUCGAACGCUCUUCCCGGACGCCGCCAUGCGCCAAGCGUCCCAGUGGGCGGGGUUUCCCAAAGAGUACACGUGUGUCUACAUGCUCGAGCCAACGGACCCGCUCUUCCACGCCAUCGGCCGGGCGUUCAUCGCCACGCAGCGCGAGAUCUACGGCGAGAACAUCUCGUCGGUCUACCAGACCGACAUGUACAACGAGCUACUGCCGCCAUCGGCCGACGCAACGUACUUGCACGCGUCCGCCAAGGCCGUCAUGGACUCGAUGCUGGCGUCGGAUCCGGAUGCAAUCUGGCUCAUGCAAGGCUGGCUCUUUUACUUUAUGCGGACGUUCUGGACCAACGCGGCGAUUGAAGCGUACCUCGGCGGUGUGCCCAGCGACCGCAUGAUCCUCUUGGAUCUCUGGAGUGACGAGUACCCAGUCUGGAGCCGCACCAACAACUACUUUGGGAAAAGCUGGAUCUACUGCGUGCUUCACACGUUUGGCGGCAACCUCGGGCUUCACGGCAACUUGCCGACGCUCGCCAGCGCGCCGGUCGACGCGCGCGCCAAGAGCGAUGGCCAUAUGCUGGGCAUCGGCCUGACCAUGGAAGGCAUCUUUCAAAACUACGUGGUCUACGAACUUGCGCUCGACAUGGCGUGGACGUCGCAGCCGGUCGAGAUCGAGGCGUGGGUCGCCGCCUACGCGCGCCACCGGUACCACGGCGAGAGCAAGCACGCGCUUCUUGCGUGGCAUGAGCUGCUGCAGUCGGUCUACGCUGGCAAAUCGCCGCCGCGCUGCCUCCUCACGUACCGCCCGCACUGGAAGAUGCUCAACAGCGCCAAGACUGAGACAAUGGCGUGUGUGCGUCGGGCGUACCGUGCUCUGCUGGACGCCGUAAUCGAAGACCCCGCGCUCGCUCGCGUCGACACAUUUACGCACGACCUCGUGGACGUGGCCCGGGAGGCGCUGAGCGGCGUCUUGGCGGCCAAGUACUUGGCGUUCCGCGAGCUGUACACGACGCCAACGACGCCACUCGAGACGCUCGAGACCGCCGCCGCCUGCCUGUUGCGGCUCAUGCACCAGAUCGACGCGCUACUCGGAACAACAGCGUCGUUCAUGCUCGGUCCGUGGCUUGCGAGCGCCAAAGCCUGCGCGGCGCCCACGACGGAAGACUACUUUCGCUACCAGGCGCAAAACCAAGUGACGCGGUGGGGCGAAGGCGACACGCUGAGCGACUACGCAGCCAAGCAGUGGAGCGGGCUCAUUGGGACCUACUACAUUCCGCGCUGGACGCUCUGGCUCGACGGUGCGAUCGCGGCAUUUGCGACCAAGAUGCCGAUGGACGAAGCCGCCGUGCACGCAGCGAUCGCCGCGUUCGAAGUGCAGUGGCAGACGGCACCGAUUGACGUUCCGACGUUGCCGAGUCACGAUCCGACGUUGAUGGCGGCCGAGCUCUACGCCGAGUACUGCGCCGAGUAG